UGUCAUGCAGUGUUUUUUCUAGGGAGUGGGUGGGGGUGGAGAUAUUCCUUGUCUAUCCGCAGUACUGCUACAGGCAGGGUGAGGUAGUGUUUAUAAAAGUCUUGUCUAUUCGCAAUACAGCGACCGAGAAUGUGUGUUGUUCAUAGGCGUCCCGUCUAUUCGCAGUCCAGGGACAUGAAGUGUGUCGCGUCUACACACACACAUACACAUUUUCACCGCGGAAUUUCUCACAAAAGAAUCGCUCAACCCAGUCCGACUUUUUAAAGACUUGUUGCGUUGCGCGGUUUGGAGAAGAGAAGACUGGUUUUUCACUUGUUUACUCUGAGAGUGCCUCUCCAACCCAGUGGCCGACAGACAGAAGGAUACUAAUAUAACACGAUGAAUUGACAGUGAGCCAAGAAGUGAAACGACUAAUGAAUGUGACUAUCAGUGCGUGUAUUGUGGGAGUUGAAGGAUUGCCGUAUCUACAUAUUAUCUCUGACUUCUUGGAGGAUCGUUGGAUGAUCACCUACAAACACGUAUCUGAGCAACACAUCUCUGACUUCUUGGCUGGUCGCAUACAGCCGAGGAACGUUUCUGUUCACUCAGGAUUAGAUGACUCUUGGAUUAUUCUCGGCUUGAGGGAGAAGGUCCUCAAAAGGAUCUAUCGAUUGGAUUUACCUCUCGUCACGGUCUCACGUCAUUGGUCAAGCAGGAAGUGGGCGGAGCUUGAGUGGAUUAUCGUGGAGUUGUGUCCCCGUGUGCCGGAUGUUGUGACGUCAUGGAACCGCCGCAGAUCAUUACGCCAG